CUGAUCCAAGAGAUUGUGACCCGGCGAGGAACAACGAGCGGCCGUGAAUCGGAGCUAUGAACUGCCUGACGACACCGGGAGUGCAACCAGGGUCGCCCCGCAAAGCCCGCGGCCAGAUACAGGUCAUCUUUGGACCCAUGUUCUCUGGAAAAAGUACUGAACUCAUGCGCCGAGUCCGUCGGUUCCAGAUUGCACAAUACAGAUGUCUGCUGAUUAAGUAUGCCAAGGACACACGCUACUGUGUCAAUGGAGUCUCCACCCAUGACAGGUGCACCAUGGAGGCCCUGUCAGCUUGUUGCCUCAAGGAUGUGCAGCAAGAGGCCCUCAGCUGUGCUGUGAUUGGCAUUGAUGAAGGCCAGUUUUUUCCAGAUAUCGUUGAGUUUUGUGAGACAAUGGCCAAUGCAGGGAAGACAGUUGUUGUGGCAGCCCUGGAUGGAACCUUUCAGAGGAAGGCCUUUGGAAACAUCCUGCAGCUCGUUCCUUUGGCAGAGAGUGUGGUGAAACUCAAUGCUGUUUGCAUGGAGUGUUUUCAUGAGGCUUCUUAUACAAAGCGGCUGGGAGCAGAAAAGGAGGUCGAAGUGAUAGGAGGGGCAGACAAGUAUCAAUCAGUCUGCCGUGUCUGCUACUUCAAGAAACGACCACAGCCGUGUGCGACUGAGAACAAGGAGAAUCUACCAGGUGGGAAUAAACAGCUGGAUUUUGCUGCUUCCCAGAAAAUCUUAGCUGUUCAUCAGAUGCAGUGGAGCCCGUCAAACUGAAUAAGACUAUUUGUUGGGUGGAUAAAGAGUCCCAUCCUUUAUUCUAUUUCUGUACUGUUAGAAUUUUCCUGCCAAUAUUCAGUGAGGGCACCAGAAACAACAUUAUUUCUGCAAGAGGUUGCAAGAAGUUAUGGACUGAGAUCUUCUGUUCUAAAAAAUGGCAAAUUGACCUACCUGUUGGUUCUGUGAUCUCAUUGGGGAAGAGUUCUUGGUGUCCAGUUCAGCAGGAGAGGGGUGAUUCCUCUUGUACAAACCUACUUUGCAAUGUUACUUUAGAACUUAUUUUAUAGCCCAAGCCCUGGUCUUUUUUCCUAGCAAGCACUGGUGUUCUUGUUUAGUACUGUCUGCCUUUUUUUCACUCUUUAGACCCUGUUCAAUAAGCUGUAUGCUACUUGACAUACAUCUUGAUGCUCAGCCUAAAGGAUGAAUAGGUAGACUGAACUCCACCCUGGCUAAGUUUUUUGUGCAUCUUGCUAUGAUUUGAUAGAAGUGCUAUACACCUUUGGCUUUAAAAUGCUGUAUUUUAUGUCAGGAAUUGACUUCUAAUUUAUUCAGAAUGAUUGAUGUGUUUCCUGUUUACAUAACUUGUAUCUCCUAGGCAUGUAUUUCUAGUACUGUAUAGCCUGACAGAUUAUCCAACUUUUAUCUGAUCUGUAUAAUUGACGGUAACAGCUCUGUCUGCAUUUGGCUCAGCUUCUGCACUGAAACAUGCCUUAGCACUGCUCUGCACACUGCAGUGUGCACAAUGCUGCCCUCUUCUUAGGCAGCUGCCACAAUGACAAGUCUCGUGCAAAGACAAUUACAAGGAAACAGAUGGUUUUAA